CGCUGGUAUUCUUAAUCAACAGUCUGCUGUUACACGCGGAUACAGUGGUUGAACUCACUUCUAUGGCUCUUCCAAUUGGGGUUUCUUGGCUUUGCACUCUGUUGUUAUGGGGCUGCAUUUGUUUUCCUCCUGAAAAAGGUUACAUUGUUGCACAUGGUUACUUUUUUAAUGAUGGUGAAUUCGGUAGCCAUUCAGGUGUGCUUGGUCCACAAACCUCAAACCAGUUUCAUUCUGGACCGUCUUUAAACACAAAUCAAGACUCUGAUAGUCCAAGGGAUGAAAUGCAAGCUUUCAGGGACCAAAGCUUUGAUUCCCUUCAGAGAGAACCAGUCAAUGAAAACAAUGACAAUACUAGCUACGUUGCUAGCCUCAGUGAAGAGAUGGUACAAAGCAAACCAGACUCAGAAAAUGAUGUCCCCUCCGCUCCCCCAGUGCAGAAAUAUGAGCGUGAUGGUUCUGACUCUCACCCCUUUGGCUUUUUAGUGAAAGAGCACACACAAGAGAAUAUUGUGGAGGGCACCAGUUUCCAAACAAUUAAAGAUUUCAAACGGUUUAUAAAAACAAUGAAGAACUCCUUCUUAAUGCCAGGAAGUGACUUUGGUAGACAUUUUCAAACCGCACGGGAAACUAUGGCAAACAAGAUGGCUUCUAAUGCUGAAAAUGUAAAGGGAGCGCCAGACACAGGCUCUAGGUCUAAUUUGGCAAAAGAAGGAACUGCCCAUGAUGGCGCCAGUGAAAAUGAAGUCUGGAGUGAAUCUAUGAAUACAGCAUUUAAACAAAGUAAACAGGGUGCCAACUACCAAAUGCCAAGUGAAAACCUCCCUGAUCCUGUCGACUCCACUGCAAGACUCAUUUCUACCAAUGUUUAUGACAACCAAGACUCAGGCUCUUCUCUCUACCCACGCCAUCAUUUAGCAGCCACAGAGCAUGUUUCAAGCGCUUAUGGAAGUUAUGACAGGGGUGGCAUUUCUGGGGAAAACACUAAUUCUUUCAUAAGUGCUCCUCAUGAGCAAAAUGAAAAUGUUCCAUUAACAUACAAGCUCCCUGGACAAAUACCCUCUGGCUCAUUCCUUGGAGAGGGUUUGUCUUUCAGUGGCUAUGUGACUACACCCCCUGUUAACUCUCUAAACGGCCCAUCUCAAGAUUUCAGCGAUUAUUUAAGUAAGAAAUUCAAUGUAACUCCUCAAAUCUCUGAAGAAAAACAACCAAAAUAUAAAUCUCACAAAGUGACUCCGUCCUGUCUGCACCAAUGCCUGCAUCUUUGAAUUCCUACAGCAACAGUUUAUAUGUUGGUGCACCAAGAGAUCAACUCUUCUUCCCAGAUUAUCUCCCAAAACAUAGGGAAA